AAAAAAUAUCUUCACACAGAUCUUAAGAUCUCAAAUUAUAAUUAAAUGCAAACGAAUUUUUCUUUAUACAACAACGUAGAUAAAAACAGUGUUUCUUACAAAAAUAUCAGAACGUUAACUUUUUACGACGUACUUUUUCUUGAUCGUAUUAACUCGCUUAUCGCAGUCACGCGAGGCUCGCAAGUGUACACUGCAUAUGCAUUGCAACUGUCGCAAAAUAUGAUAAUUUCAAUCUUAUCUUUUAAACGGUAUGACAAACGUGCGUAUUGUUUAGUACGUCGCAGUAUAAAAACGACGAUCGUUCGGCAAGAUCUACGCGUUUGCGCUAAUUUUUUUUUCUUCCGUACAAAUCUCGCGACAUAUUUCACGCGUAAUCGCGAACGUCUCUCGGCGGCGAACUUGAAUCGGCGCUUUUUUCCCUGGCGCGGCCUUGGUUCGAGGUACACCGAGGUGAUCCGCGCCUGCGUGCAGCCGCGGCCCGCGGCUCUCUCGGCGCCGACUGUUCCGCCAAUUGCGGAAUGUUAUGAAAGUCCUCGAGACUCCGCGGCACCGUGCCUCACCGUCGUCCUCGUGCAGCGCGCGUCAACGAAACGCGAGUCGGGAUAAUUGCGGGUAGUCGGGGCCGAGAUCGUGAACGUACGGCGCGCAGUGCAAGUCCCUUCCACAGCUGACGGGGUGAUACAUAUAUAUAGAACCACCCCUUCGUUUCGCAGCCAUGAGUCUGGUGCGGCAGAAUUUUCACGAGGAGUGCGAGGACGCGCUCAACAAACAAAUCAAUUUGGAGUUAUACGCCAGUUAUGUCUAUCUGUCCAUGGCAUACUACUUUGAUAGAAGCGACGUCGCGUUACCGGGUCUGUAUAAGUACUUCAAGAAGGCGUCGGACGAGGAGCGCGAGCAUGCCAUGAAAUUUCUGACUUAUCAGAACAAGCGAGGCGGCGAUGUCGUGUUGAUGGACAUCCAGGCGCCGUCCAGGAGGAACUGGAACAGCGCGAAGGACGCUAUGACGGAGGCUCUGCAGCUGGAGAAGAAAGUAAAUCAGAAGCUGCUAGAGUUGCACGGAAUCGCUUCGACGCACAACGACGCGAAUUUCAUGGAUUUCUUGGAGACUGAGUUCCUACAGGAGCAGGUGGACGCGAUCAAGGAAAUCGCCGAUCACGUGACAAAUCUAGAGAGAGUCGGGGAAGGCCUUGGUGUCUUUAUUUAUGACAAGGAGAUGAAAGAUUGAAAUGUCACGUCUGAGAGAUUUGCCAAAAAAAAAGAAAAAUAAAAUUAAGAACAUAGGGGGCUUUAGAUAAAUAUUGUUCAAAUUAUAUUGAAAUCGCGGUGUUGAUUCAUAUGAUAAUUAAGGUAAAGAUAAUAAAGAUUCGUGUUGAGAAAAGGUGUUGGACGAAGAUAGAUAGGAGAAAAUGAAUGUUUUAGGCGUUGUUCAUAUCUGUAACUCGAUCGGAGGAGGACAUAUAGCUAUAGUGUGAUUUUAUGCGGCCGUUCGUCGCGGAAAUAAUCAAUUAUCGUGCAAUUAUCUAGCAGUUAACUUUUUGAGAUAUAUCAUAUUUCUAGGCUUUAAAAAUUAUAAUCGUACACUGCGAUCAAUACUAUAUCGUUUACUGUUUCGUUUUAAAUUGAAUAUUAAUAAUUAUAAUCAUUGAAGAUCUUA